UUUUUAUAAAAGAUAUUCGUCAAAUACAGUAGUGCUGCAGUUUUUUGACAUUUCGAAAAGGGACUACGAUUUAGAAUUUUUAUUUUUAAAAAAGUAAAUUCACUGUAAUUAUUUAGAUAAACCGCUGAAUCAUAAAUAUUCAGAAAUAAACAUGGAAGAAAAUAAAAAUCAAUUUUCAAAUAUCGAUAUUAACAAAGAAGAGCCUGAGGAACAAGAUGAAUAUGCUGGCAUGGAUGUUAUAUCCGCUGAUUCUGGUGAUCAUUUUAUUGCUAUAACAGUAUCCGAACCACAAAAAAUCGGUGAAGGAAUAAGUUCUUAUUUAGCUUAUACUAUUUACACAAAAACAAACAUUCCGCAAUAUACAUUGACAAAUUCUGAAACACAAAAAAGAUUUAGUGAUUUUUUAGCUUUACAUGCAUUAUUGACUUCUAGAUAUUUAAGAGCUGGAAGAAUUAUUCCAUCAGUUCCAUCAAAGAAUUUAAUUGGAACUACAAAAGUGAAAAUGAGUCCACAGCAAAGUGAUUCUAAUUCAGGUUCAGGCAUGGAAUGGAUUGAAAUAAGAAGAGCUGCCUUAGAAAGAUUUCUAAACCGCACAGCCCAACAUAGAGUUCUCAGAGUUGACCCAGAUUUCAUUAAUUUUCUACAGACUGAUAAAGAACUGCCUGGGGCAAUAAAUACAUCUACAUUGAGUGGGGCAGGAGUUAUGCGUCUUUUUAAUAAGUUUGGAGAAACUGUAAAUAAAAUUACUUAUAAAAUGGAUGAAAAUGAUCCUUGGUUUGAUGACAAAAUAACUGAAAUUGAAAGUUUCGAUGCGUGCAUUCAACAUUUACAUUCAACAAUAAAAUCGCUUGUAAAUAAUAGAAAAGAAUUAGCUUUGUUUACAGGUCUGGUUUCCAAAGCUGCUGCCUUAUUAAGUACAUGCGAAGAGCAUACAGGUCUAUCAAGAGCUUUGUCAAGUCUUGCCGAUAUUGAAGAAAAAAUUGAAAUUUUACGGUCUGAACAAUCCAAUUCAGAUUUUUUUAUUUUGGCUGAAUAUUUAAAAGAAUACAUUGGUUUGUUUGAUGCUAUUAAAGCUGUAUUUCAUGAACGAGUUAAAGUGUUUCAAAAUUGGCAACACGCACAAAUGCAAUUAACAAAACGUCGUGAAACGAAAUCAAAACUCGAAGUUUCUGGGAAAAACGAUCGAUCAGAUCAAAUGCAAAAAGAAAUUGAGGAAUGGGAAGUUAAAGUACAACGUUGUCAACAAGAAUUUGAUGAAAUUUCAGCAGUAAUAAAAGAGGAAUUGAAUAACUUUAAUCGAAUUCGUGUUGAUGAUUUUAAGGCCGUUAUAAAGAAGUACUUUGAAAAUCAAAUGGCUCAUCAACAACAGCUAGUUAAAUAUUGGGAAGCUUUUAUACCAGCUACAAAAGAAAUUUUUUGAAUAUACUUAUAUGUUUUUUCUAUUAAAAAAGUAUUUUCCAUUAUACAUACAUCAUUUAUUAAAUUGAUCAUAAUUUACUUAUAAUAUGUUAUAUUUUUAUUAAAUAUAUAUUUACAAAUAUAUAUAUAUAUAUAUAUAUAUAUAUAUACAUAUGAAGACCAAAGUUUUGUUACUGAUUUAAUAAAUAAUAUUAGAUUUCAUUGAGAGUUAAAAAAUACUGAAAACGGUGUAAGUGGGAAAAAUCUUAAAUGGACACAACCUGGAAAAAAUAAAAGAUUAUUUCCUCUAGGCAAAUGAAACUCCUAUCAUUUGUUUAAAUUUUUAUUUACUAAACUUCUAAUAAUUUUUUUAUUUUCAACUAUAUACAUUAUUUUCACAUUUUUUAUAUUACUUCUUUAAUUUUGAAUUUUUCUUGAUUAAAAUUUAUUAUUAAUAUAAUAAAAUUAUGGAAUUCAAAUUCAUAAUCUAUCUAAUUGUUCCUUUUUAUUAUUCAAAAUAUAAAAAAUGGCCCAUUUUUUAAAUAAUGAUGAGUUUCAUACACAAAAUAAAAUUGAAAUUCCAUAAAAAUAAACAUUGUUAUUAAAUAAAAAGAACUUAACGUUAAUAAGAUCAAUCAGGAAAAAAAUUGAAUUUUUGAAAACCAUUUAAUGUACUCUAUGAUUUGUUAUUUUGUACUUAAAUGGAAAAUGUGUACUUGAAAAUGAAAAAUACAUACAUCCUAGCGUACUUAAGUAAGAGACUUUAUUUUAUUUGAAAAAUUUUGAUAAUGGCAAAAAAUAUUUAGAAGGUCGAUGUGUUCAAAGUUUCUAAAUUAUUUGCGAAUUUAAUUACGUAUUUCUUUGUUCGUUUUUUAGAAAUUGUGGUAUGAAGCUGUACAAUUUAGAAUAAUGUAUUAUAUCAUAAGAAUUAAUAUUGAAGUUUUUUUAUAUCUUAUUUCAUAAUAUCAAUGUACGCAUGUGAUAAUUUUUGAAUUUAGAUUAAGAUCAUUUUUAAUGUAUUUAGAAGAAAAAAUGAAAAGUAGGUAAAGAAGUGAAUCAAUGACGGAAUUUCAAUCAAAACGUAAUUUAAAUAUUCUCUUAAAAGUAAUUAUAACUUCAUAUUUAAAAAGGUACUAGACUAUUUUCUUAUAUUAAUUAAUAUUAAAAAACCAAAUUACUUUAUGUUCAAACUAUUUAAAAAAAGACAAUUUCAAAAAACUCUUAAGGUUACCAAGCUUUUUUAAUUGGAAAUUUUAUUUCUACUAUUUUAAUUAUUUUCUGAACUUUUAAUUGGUCACUUGAAAUAUUAAUUUUUUAUUGCAAUGUAAUAAAACUUACGUUCCAUCAUUUUGCAAUAAUUGUAAUACAAAUUUUUUAAAUUAAAAUGUGUUUAAAUUGUUUGGGAAGUAAACUCCAAUAGCAUUUCAUCUAAAUUCCAUUUAGUAAUUAAUUAAUUUACUUUUUUGUUUUUAAUUUUGUAUUUGCAUAUUGAAUGUUUAUAUAAAUUGAUUACAAAAUUUUUUUAAUUAUAAUAUUUUUAAUGUUUAAUUUUUUUUUCUUUUAUAAAAUAAGUAGUUCUGCAAAAUCAAAAGUUCAGAAAUGAAAAUAUUUUUACAAUAUGCAGAUGAGUAAAUUUUUAUUUUCUAUUACACAAUGUAUUUUAAAGCUAAUUGCUAAUUUUCAUAAAAUGUAGCGAUGUCCACAAUACAAUAUUAUUUGAUCUAUUAUCAAAUAAAUAUCAUAUUGUCAGUCUAUCACUCGAUCGGCCAUUAUAUUUAUUGAUCAGUGUAAUAUGUAUGUACAUAUAUUGUAUUUAUGCAUCUCCUUAAAAUUUCUCUUAUAUAUGAAUAAGUAAAUUAAUUUUCAUAUUUUUUUAUGGAAAUGUACAUAAUUAUGUUUUGUGUGGGUUUUGACUUUCUUAGUAAUACUUGUUUUGUAUUGUUGAUAAGCACAUGGCAGUGAACAUUUACGUUGCACAUACUUAUUGCAAUAUUUUUAUAAUUAAAUCUUUUUGUUCUGACACUUUUAUGUUUAUAUUUAUGUAUGGUAUUUUAAGUCAAAUUUUGUCCUAUACUUUGGCAAAUUAUGCAAUAUUAAUAAUAUAUUCAAACACGAUCUUAACUCUUUUUUUGCUAUUCCAAUAACGAUACUAAUUGAAUUAAUUAACUAAAAGACUUUGGAAUAAGAUGAAUUAUAACAUGUUAAAUAUAAUGUAUAAUGCUCGAAAUUCGCCAAAUUUCUUUUUCGAUCCGAGAAUAGUUCUUAAAAUAUAAAAUUAUUUAUGUAUUAAACCUGCUAUUAUUUUAUUAUAUAAAUAAUUAUUUAAAUUUUUUAUGUAUAAGAAAACGAAAUUAAUACCAUUAACAUUUUUGUAUUUAUAUCUGUAUUUAAUUGUUCGCCAUUAGUUUGAAAACAAAUCAAAUUUUUAUUUUAAUAUGCAGUGCAGGCACCCUACCCUGCCUUUUGUGCGAUCUUUCUGCAAUGCAGUACUAAAUUUAAGUAGACUAUUCAAUUAUUUUGCAUAACUGCCAUAGUAUUAUAUACCCAAAAAUAAUGUUCUUUACUAUUUUUCUCUUAGAAAUUAAACAGCAAAAAAACGUUUUAUGACUGCUUAAAUUAAGAAUUUGUUAAAUUCUGUGAUUGUUUUAAUAAUUGAUUAAAAAAAAAUCCAAAAAAUUAAUUUUGGCACUUAUUGGUUUCAAUGUAAAAUAUAUAAUUUAGCAAUUCUAGUUAAUAAACUUUGUAAAAGUUAAUUUUAACUAAUUGUUUUAUCUAUAUAAAAGUCUAAUAUAAUAACAAAUAUUUAUAAAUAUAAGUACAUAUUUAUUUAAUUUUAGUGAACACAAACUUUCAUAUGUAUAUUGUUCGCUUAUUUAAGGUAUUUUUUUUUUUCAAAUAAUUAAAUAUAUAUUUCUCUUUUUUCUGUUUUUUUUUGCUUUUUUUCUCAAGAAAAAAUUUUUGAUAGCGUUUACAAAAUAAAGCAAACACAAAAUUUAACAAUUUCUUAUUAUUGGAGAAAAAAAUCAGUUUUGCUAAAUAAAAAUAAUGAAAGAUAAAUCUCAGAGUCUUAUUAUAUGUUGAAAAUUAAAAAAAAACCUCACCUCAGUUAAUUUGUUUUAAAAUAUAUUAAUUCGUUUUAUGUACUGUAACACUAACAUAACUCAAAAUUUGUGCAUUUGAGAAGAUCUAAUUUUAAAAUUUUUGAGUUAAUAUAUUCUUCUAGGUUCUAGACUCUAGAGUUAUUUUAUAGUUUAUUGUAUAAGUGACAAUUUGCAAGACACAGAAUUGACAUUUUUGCACAAAAGAGAAAGGCUUUAAGUGUUUAUUUCUGUAUAAAUAACUAGGAAAUUGUUUUUUUUUUUUGAGAUACUUCACUGUUGCAAGAAACGAACGAUAUGUGCAUAAUAUUUUUAUAUGCAUAUACAUCAAGUAUAUUAAGAGUAUAUAAGUAGUUAUAAAAAAAGAUCAUAAAAUACGUAUUUCAAAUACAUAAAUAAAAUUUUGUUAAACUUGUCAAAGAUUUUCUUACGCCAAAUAAAUGUUGACAUAUGUAUGUUGUGAGUAACAAAUCCUUUUUUUAUCUUGGAAUCUACAUUUAAGAAUAAUUACAAAAACCUUUAGUUUUUCAAGAAGAUCUUUUUGGCUUUUUAAUAAAUUU